CAUGCCUGAAUCACCAUUGAUUCGGCAGUUCCCAACACAGAAUACAGCACGGUCCAACAGAGACGCGAUACUGCACGGCUCGAGGCCCAAUAUAAGCCGAAUCCUAUCACUGCGUGCUUGUCUCUCCAGGUUGCGUUCCAGCCAGUCGUGGAGCCAUGGCUGCAGCUCUCCUGCUAUCACCCACUCUCCUUCCCGCGAAAAGCCACAGGCUUCUCUGCCGUUCCCGCCAUCUCCAGGCCCCCUCCACCGCGCGACCUGGUCGCAGUUGUCUGAGGAUCCACGCGAUCAAAGAAACAACCAAAGAGGAGGAGGAGGCGGCGGCGGCGACAUCCACGUCGGCCGAAGAGAUUACCGAGAAGUACGGUCUCGAGUUUGGCCUCUGGAAGAUAUUUAGUUCCAAGGAUGGAGGAAGGGAAGGGAAGGGAAAGGAGGGAGAGGGGAAGGAGAAAUCGAGAGCGGAUCAGGCAAAGGAACUAUUGGCCAAGUAUGGAGGGGCUUAUCUGGCCACCUCCAUCACCCUCUCUUUGAUUUCUUUCUCCCUUUGCUACCUUCUUGUUGGUGCUGGAAUUGAUGUCCAGGCUUUGCUCAACAAGGUUGGUAUUGCAACGGGUGAGACUGGCGGGAAGGUGGGAACUUUCGCAUUGGCUUACGCCGCGCACAAGGCCGCGUCGCCGAUCAGGUUUCCUCCGACCGUCGCACUCACCCCAAUUGUAGCCAGUUGGAUUGGGAAGAAGAGAGCCAAGACUGAUAACUGAUUAGAGAAUCCUCUAAUAAAGGCCUUCUUUUUCCUUCUUGGUUUGCCUUGUACUCUUUUAUUUUUCUGGCUUGAAUCUUAAUGAAUGGUCACAGAUUUUUACGAUAA